CGGGAGUCUAUUGAAAUUCCCCUCGCAUUCGUUGAUGGAGAAAUGACCUCGGGAACCAUUCGAAAACCAUGUAGAAGCGUAGAAGCAUAUCUUUGACUUCCCUAUGAGAACAACUCAUUCUAAAUAUUCUCCUUUCUACCACAGAGCGCACUUGGAACAUUGAAGCCCGUCUCAGCAGGCAUAAUGGUGACCCUAACUACAGCCCUCGCCUCACCGUGGGAGACCAUCAUCAUCUUUGCCACAAUGCUUGGCAUUGUGUGUCACCAGACGAUACGUCCCUUUGAGGUCGACAGCCAUGGAUGGGAGAUGAUAAUUACCUUCCUGAGUGUGCUAAGCGGGCUUGUCGUGGGCUACGUUGUGUCCGCAGAAUUCGAUCUUGCGGAUGCCCUUUUACGCGCUAGUUGCGCUGCCCUGGCGUUCCUCACAGGCUUGUACGGUAGCAUCCUCAUUUACCGGGCAUUCUUCCAUCGACUCCGUGGAUUUUCUGGUCCUUUCACGGCGCGUCUGUCCAAGUUGUAUCACUUUGUGUACAUGUCGGGCACAAACAUGCAAUAUCAUCUGCAUCUUCAAGGGCUGAACACUCGCUACGGAGACUUUGUUCGCACCGGACCACGCGAGCUCACCAUCAUGCGCGCAUCGGCCGUGGAUCUCAUUUACGGUCCAACCUCAAAAUGCACAAAGAGCACCUGGUAUGAUCAGAACUCUGGAAACGCCGACAAGGUUGGCAUCGAAAAUGUCCGUGACAAAGCGAAGCACGGAACCCGGAGGCGUGUGUGGGAUAAGGCGCUUGGUUUUCGAGCUCUUCCAACGUAUGAGAGCCGUGUUAAAGACAAGGUGGACCGGUUGAUGACGAGAUUCAGCACCGGGAAGCCUCUAAACGUGACCCAGGAGAAUGUUUUCUACGCCUGGGAUGUCAUGGGCGACAUCGCUUUCUCAACUCAGUUUGAUAUGCUCAGCACUGGGGUCCAGCACUCUGCCGUAGAUGGUCUACACUGGGCCAUGGCAACAGCAGGUUUGAUUACAACCCUGCCAUGGCUCAUGAACAUGCUUCGGGUUAUCCCAGGGGCAACAGGAAAGUUUGAACAAUUUGCCUCAUGGUGCUACGAACAACUCAGGCUCAAACAACAUCAAUUGGCCUCAGAAAAGUCCACAGGUGAAACAGAACAGCGCGACGUCAUGUCUUGGCUUAUCCAGGCACAACAAAGAGGUGACCGCGCCGCGCCUCCGACAGAGUCAGCGAUUCGGGAAGAUGCCCGCACCCUGAUAUCUGCGGGGAGCGACACCGUGGCAAUUGCCUUUACAAAUUGCCUCUACUUUCUGGCAAAGAACCCUCCAGCAUACAGCAAACUCCGACACGUGGUGUCAGAUGAAUUUCCCUCCGGAUAUAGCUCCUGGACCUACGAAAAGGCCAAAGGUAUCCGCUACAUAGACCAUCUCAUCCACGAGACACUUCGACUCCGGCCCCCGGUCCCAAUGGGGUUUCUACGGGAGACCCCACCCGAGGGCUUGCAGAUUGAUGAGGUCUUCGUCCCCGGCAAUGUCAACGUCAACGUGCCCAUAUGGGCCAUUCACAGAGAUGAGCGUUAUUUUCCCCGCGCAGCCGAAUUCAUUCCCGAGAGGUGGCAGACCCUGUCGCCCGAGUCGUCAGCCUCGGCGUACAUGCCGUUCCAGAGGGGUGGGUUUGCGUGCGUUGGUAAGGCCAUGGCGAUGAUGCAGUUGCGGAUGCUGAUCAGCUGCCUUGCUCUUCGGUAUCAGGCUAUUAGCUUUGCGCCGGGGGACGACGGCGAGGGGUUUUGGAACGAGGCAAAGGAGACAAUGACGCUGUGGCUUCCGCCGCUGCAGCUUGCUUUUGAGUCCGUGGACCAGGGAACGACUGCUGCCACAACUUAGACAAGAUCGUUAACGGCGAUAUGCCUAGUUUCGCUUCUAUCAGUAUACGUCCCAGGACAUAACGGCGAUAUGAGUUGGGAAGUUAAAUGUGGUAGUUAGCGCAAUGAAUCGCGCACUUGCUCGUCUUCAAUCCUACGCAGUUCUGGCUUGUCAAAAGUCCAAA